AUGACUGUCAAUUUUGAAUCCUCUACCAUGUGUCUGUCCAAUGAUGAUAUGGUACAUUCAAUCGAUGGUUCUGCUUUCAUUCUAAACGAAACGGAGUUGGAAUCCUUGCUAUCAGAUCUCCCCCCACUUGAUGAUUGCAACGACAGAGAGGACGAACAAUCCUACGAUGUCGAAAUCGAAAUUGACCCCAUUCCUCUAGACGAGAUCACACAAGGAGACGGAAGUGAAGCGUUGGUAGAAUAUGCUUCUUCUCUCGGCUCCUGCUUUCUCAGCAAUGAUGCUGCUCCUAUUCAGGAUGUCAACCGCAUCCAAGAGAUGCCAUGUCAAACCAAGAACAAGACGACAAAGAAAUCACAGCGAACCAACGAGAAGAAAAAGUCAAAUGCAGCGUCAGGAAAGAAAACGACCGCCAAGAGAAAAAUGGUACCCAAAAUCAAAUGGACUACUAUCGUGACACAUCUUUGUCCCGAACGGGAUGUCGUAUUUGGACGAGGUGGUCAUGCCAAUCACAACCCUGGCAACGGGUUCCUACUUCAAGCCGUGAAGAUCCACAGCCCCAAGUACAAGAGCCUAGGCAAGGAUAAAGACGGCAAAGCGGAAAAGAAACAUAUUGUUCAGCUGGUCGCGGCAAUGAUUGAAGCCAGGGGCGGCAGAUUCUUGUUACGGCAAAAAACGGACGAUGCGCCAUGGCAAGAAGCAACCGAAAAGAAGGUGCAUGAUAAGAUCAGUCAUAUGUUAAGGGACCAACCACAUCCUCUGAAAAAAGUAGGCGAUCUGCGAUUUUGCUCUAAAUAA